CAGAAGCAUGUCAUACAAUACAAUAUACUCUGGUUGAUCGACCUCUAGUCCCAACCAUUCUAUUUCAUCUCCAUGUUAAAGCCACGGAAUCAUAGCCACUUGCUUGUAUCUAGGCGCAGACUGGACAGGAGAUCAGUGUCAUGUCACAUAAAGCUUCGUCGCCACGUUGACCUUUGCGCUAAGCAGAGGUCUCCAUAUCCUGAGGCCACUCCGUCCCAAACACUUCGGUUUGCCCUGACUGCUACGCUGAAACGGCCUGAGCAUAAUUCAUCUGAUCCAAUCUUGGAAUCGCAUCUAUCGCAAAUCCUACAGAAUAAGUGGCCGACAUUCUCCCUUCCUUCGCCACUUUUGGCUACUCUUUGGCCAGACCCUGAAAGACACGCGCCCAAGGCCUCGCGCCUCGAUACCAGUCAAAUAAGAAGUCUUCCUGAUCUGCAAGACUUCGUUGAAAGUAAUGUGAUAAACAAGGAAGGAUGCAGACUUCUACAGUCCCGACAAUGCGUUCCUCUAUCGAAAGCGUUAGCACUCUGCGAACGGCACAAUCAGUUCCGAGAGGUUCUCUCCGCUAUUCAUGGGAUUAUUACGCGGGUAGAGAGGAUCAAUGGGCAUUGCUCGAAGCGUCUGUACGUACUGGGCAUGUACUAUGCAGCACUCGCAUUCUCAGUUCCGGGUCUCAAGCGCUACUUGGAAGGCUAUCUAGCCUGUGGUUUGCAACGCUUAGGUCCGAACGAGAGCAGACUCCUAGUUCACGCUCUCCUUGAUGCCUCAAGGUAUCUUGCAUUCUGCGAGGAAACUCGGGACAUGGGUGCGAUGAUUGACCUAGUAACUGGAGAUGCCCAACCGAGCAACAAUCGCUUGCAUGAUAUUUUAUAUUGGGCAGAGCCUGGCCAUCGGAACUCAUGGUCUGGCUCUUAUUUCACCUUGCUCGUCAAAUUCAACAGCAAGGCACUACAGAAAGCUCUAUGGGCUAGACUCAUAGAUGAUCUGUCGCCUGAAUCACACAAGAAUCAAUUUCAAGCUGCCUAUACGUGCGUGAAGGCCUUGAUUGACGCCGGCGAUACGCAACGAGCUAUUACAUUCUUGAACCAGAUAUCGGAGCGCGCCAAUAAUACUUUACCAUUCUUCUCAACUGCCAAGUCACUGUGCUACGCUUUCCCCGCUGAUAAACUGCAAGCUUCCUUAAUCGGCGAGGUAGAACAUACUGAGAUUCUGAAUCAACUUCUCACAGACAUGGAGAAUCGGCUGGGCAUCCGCUGGCAAUCCAACUUGCUACUUCAUUCAAGUGCUUCUGAACCCCUCACGGUUGCUAGCGAGCAACCAUUGUUGACCAUCGAUGGGGAUAGCACUGGCUAUGAAAGCGUUGAGCGGCUUCUCACACAAAUUCAUUCCUUUGGAUGCUCAAAAUCAAAAGCUGACCUUGGUCAGAUUGCCGAUUCUCUCAAUGAGCAUGACGGGAGGCUGUUGUCUAGUCUGGCCAUCGCUGAUGCUGAUACAAAUAUGGAGUACGCUUGGUGUCCCCAGAAUGCCCCACUUGAAUUUCCAGAAUCUCUUUCGUCUAUUAGAACAGACUUUCCCAAGCCUUGGACACCCUCUACGCUAGGUUUACUUCGCGUUAGCCUUGAUCCUAGCGGUCAAUGUCUUGCCGGCAAGCGAUCCCUGCAUUUGAUGCAGCUUGGAUACUUGGUCGCAAGGCCAAAGAUGCCUCAAGGGCGAAACUCGCAAGAUGCCACUAACUGGAAACAGACGGGACAUAUUAUUGCUUGGGAUCGCUUUCAUGGGCAGCUGGUUGCGGUCUUCGUUGGACCUGUCCAUGGCGCAAGCCAACAUUGCAUAGAAGCAGGACCUUCGAAUCUGCGAUUCGGUCUAAAUUCCAUCCUGAGUGUUAAUCUUUUCAAUGACCGACCGACACACUGCUCUAGCAAUCGUGUCACUCCAAUCGGUAGUGGUGCGACGAGAUAUUAUGUUGAUGUGGAUCCAAGCCCGGACUUGUUACCAUGAGGGAGGCUGUUAUUAUCAUAUCUAGGCUUCAUUUGUACGCAGAGGUCUUGUGACUCGAGGCAUGCAGCCACGACCCUUUCCUGCCUGUAAAAUACAGUACCUGUGUGCGACAACCGGAUGUAGAAUAUGGUAAAUACGCUUUAGGC